UGUUGUCUUUUGUCAUGCAUUCAAAGUUAACUUCCUUUUCCAAAACUUUGAAUUCUCUGCAUCCUCACUUUCCUUCUUUGCUAGGCACAGUAAAUCAUUGAGACUCGGCGGAAGUUAAUAGCCUCUGUGCCCGAUUCUUGUCUCUCUAAUCUCUAAAGAGGUAAUAAUUGGACCUCCCAAGUCACACAUGAAAAAUCAACAAGCCAGCCUUCAAACUAGAAACACCAGCUACUUUUGGUUCUUUGGCAAAUCAUCUUCCUUCACUCAGUUUCUAAUUAAGGUUAUUGGAGUAUCUUCAGGAUAAAGAAAUUUUAAAUGUUCUUGCCGACUUUGUUGUACAUGUCACCUUUUAAUCUUGACAAACAAGUAUAAACAAUGAUGAGGCAAUCUCUAAUUGCUGAUGUAUAAGUGUCCUGGUAGCCACUAGACACUCACUUCCGUUCUUCUCUUAGCUUUUAGAGGGUGAGAGAUCACACGCACCAACAACUUUCAGAAAACCCUUUUCUCUUUGAUUUCCAAGAAUUGAAAGAUGGAGAUGGAGAUGGAGAAUUCUGGGGCUCAGAGAUUUGAUCUUCCAGUGGAUUCAGAGCACAAGGCGACAGAAUUCAGAUUAUUCUCUAUAGCGGGUCCCCAUAUGCGAGCAUUUCACCUGUCUUGGAUCUCUUUCUUUUCUUGUUUCGUUUCAACUUUUGCUGCACCACCUCUUCUUCCAAUUAUACGAGAUAACCUUAACCUCACAGCCACAGACAUUGGCAAUGCAGGUAUUGCAUCUGUCUCUGGUGCCGUCUUUGCAAGAAUUGCUAUGGGAACUGCUUGUGAUCUUUUUGGACCACGUCUUGCCUCUGCCUCGUUAAUACUAAUCACAGCACCAGCAGUAUACUUCACUUCAAUCGUCACAUCCCCUGUUUCUUUUCUUUUGGUACGAUUUUUCACAGGGUUCUCUUUAUCUACUUUUGUCUCAACCCAAUUCUGGAUGAGCUCUAUGUUUUCUGCACCGGUAGUUGGCACUGCUAAUGGUGUUUCAGGUGGAUGGGGAAAUCUUGGCGGUGGAGCAACACAGUUGAUUAUGCCUAUUGUUUUUGGCCUGAUUCGAGACAUUGGAGCCGUGAAAUUUUCAGCUUGGAGAAUUGCAUUUUUCAUUCCUGCCCUUUUUCAAACAUUAUCAGCCUUUGCUGUAUUGAUUUUCGGUCAGGAUUUGCCCGAUGGGAACUUCAAGAGAUUACAGAAAUCAGGAGAGAAACCAAAGGAUAAACUCUCAAAUGUGUUUUAUUAUGGGGUUAAGAAUUACAGAGGGUGGAUUCUUGCAUUGACUUAUGGAUAUUGUUUUGGGGUGGAGUUGACAAUAGAUAAUAUAGUAGCAGAAUACUUCUAUGACAGGUUUAAUCUGAAACUUCAUACAGCAGGAGUUAUAGCAGCAAGUUUUGGAUUAGCAAAUAUAAUUUCUAGACCAGCUGGUGGGUUGAUUUCGGAUGCAGUGGCAAAGAGGUUUGGGAUGAGAGGUAGGCUGUGGGCUUUGUGGAUUGUGCAGACAUUGGGAGGGGUGUUCUGUAUCAUUCUUGGAAGAGUAGCUUCCUUAAGUGCUUCCAUUCUUGUCAUGAUUGCUUUCUCUUUGUUCUGCCAAGCUGCUUGCGGUCUAACAUUUGGCGUGGUUCCUUUUGUCUCAAGGAGGUCACUAGGGCUAAUAUCAGGGAUGACAGGAGGAGGUGGAAAUCUGGGUGCAGUUCUAACUCAACUGAUAUUCUUCACAGGAUCCAAGUACUCAAAAGAAACAGGAAUAUCUCUCAUGGGUAUGAUGAUUAUAUGUUGCACUCUUCCAAUAUGUUUAAUAUACUUCCCACAGUGGGGUGGAAUGUUUUGUGGUCCAUCAUCUUCAAAGAUUGCUAUGGAGGAAGACUAUUACAUGUCUGAAUGGAAUUCAAAGGAGAAGGAGCAGGGUCUACAUCAGGCAAGCUUAAAAUUUGCUGACAACAGCAGAAGUGAAAGAGGCAAAAGAUCGGAUUCUGAUACCAUGCCUGCCAAUGAUUCCCCUUCUGCAAAUGUCUAGUUUUUUCUUCCUCUACUAGCUCAAGUUUAUCUAGUAUAUCAGCUUUGCAACCAAAUUGUAUUCUGCAGCUGUGAAUUUCAGGUUUCAGGUUGCAAGUAUUUUGAAAAUAGAUGUACGUUUAAGCUUUAUAGAUUGCAAAUUAAACAAGAUAAGUGAGUUUUAUUUUA